GACUGGCAGACACUGACUCGUCGCUGAUGUUGUCAUUAUAAUCUAUAGUAACACAUAUGGGAUUAUAAUAUGAAUUGAGACUACCAUUGCUCUGCCUUGUUUCAUCAAGAGAUGGCACUACCGAGCCACAAGGCUAAGCUGAUUGAAGAUGAGAGCCUGGAGGACUGGCAGUUGAUUGGCUCAGGGGGGUUUGGGCAGGUUUACAAGGCGAGGUAUAAGACCCUGAAGAUUGAUGUGGCCAUUAAGCUGUCUCGUUAUUGUGAAGGCUCCAUCAGGGAUGAGGCCCUACAGCGAGAGGCCAGUCACCUGGUUAAGGCUGACAGUCCUUUUGUGCUGCAGGUUUUUGGACUGUAUCAGGGCUGUCCACCAGAUAUGGGAUCUGACAUGCAAAUGGGUAUAGUCAUGGAGUUCAUGGAAAGGGGCACCCUGCGGUCCCUCCUGCAGUUAUGUCGUCCACCGUGGCCCCUGGCCUUCCGGUUGGCCCACCAGGUUGCUCUUGGCAUGAACUUCCUCCACGAAAUAGCACAUCUUCUGCACACAGACCUGAAGCCCAGUAAUGUGCUGCUGGAUCAAAGCCUCAAUGCCAAGCUCGCAGAUUUUGGCCUUUCCAACAGUAGCACAGAUACAACAGUGCUGGAAGGAGGGACGUUAGCCUACACGGCCCCAGAGGCUUUUGCUGAAACAUACCAGCCUGUUCCUGCUUAUGACAUCUACAGCUAUGGUAUACUUCUCUGGUCAAUUCUCACCGGUAAAGAGCCCUAUCCAGAUGCCAAUACCAGUCGUGUGGAGUUGUGGACGGCUGGGCAGAAUAAAAGACCACCCUGCGAUGAAAUCAACAGGAUACAGGCAGAUGGGAUCAGUGAGCUGGCUGACCUCAUGGUGAAAUGCUGGGAUCGGGAGCCCUCUAACAGGCCUCCAUUCAUAGACUGCCUUGAUGUGACAGAGUGUGUGUACAGUAGGCAUAAGAAUGGAAUUCGUGAUGCCGUCAAUCAAGUCUUAAUGAAGCUGGAGUCAGGAAACAAUCAUUUGCCGUCAUACGCGACUGCACCAAGUUCUCUCUCUCAGCCUCCAGCGGCACGGUCAAAUGAUACAGUGGAUUAUCCCAAUUUUGCAAGAUCUGAGGAUGCUUCAACAAUGGAUUCAGUGGAUCCAGUGAAACUACGUAUUGAAGAUAAAGGAAAGUUCGUGGACACUCAGAGGGCAAAGUUAAUUCAACUAACGUCCAUGGUAAUGCCAAUCAUAGACGACCUUGGGAACAUGGUCCACCCUGAGGCCUACUCACGGAUUGAAGCUAAAACGACAGACCAGGAGAAAAUGAGGGAGCUAUAUAAAACUCUGCGCUCAGGAGGGUUAAAGGUCAAAGCAGCCUUCUAUGACGCCCUCUGCAAAAAUGAGCCACUUCUACUAGAGAACCUCAGUAAGGUUCACUCUUAAAGUGGUCAGACAAGAUACUUUGAAUGUCGAAAAAUUAUUAUGCAAGGCCAUUAACUGGAAUUAUUUGCCUCCAUUAGGUAGCUCCUGAUAUUCAGAGCAAAGCAAGUACUGGCUUACUUGCAGUGGGUGACAAACAAUUGAUUGAAGUUGCUGUAUCUACAUGAGACAAGCCACACGAUCAAUAGUUUGUCAUGAAUUUAGUGACUGCGGGAUCUCUGGAUAUUUCAGCAGACGAUGAAUCAGCUAUGACCCUGGAGACAUGGUCCACCCGGAGAUCAAAAUGGAUCAGCCAUGACCUGUGAUUUUUUUUUUUUUUUUUUUUUUUUUUUUUUUAUUGUUAUAUUAUUUUGUAACUGUAAAACUACAUCAAUUGUACUGUUAUGUAAAGCAACAUAUUUUUUGUUUCCAUUACUUUUAAUUUUGCAUAUUUUGUAAUAGCUGUGAGCCAAAAAUCACUGGUAAAAAUAAGGCCCACUGGGGUCUGUGCUGCAGCAUUUGUAUGUGUACUGUUGUUCAUUCUAGAAAGAGGUGUCACUCUGUUUUGUAAUUAAAAAGUUUGUAAAAUAAAUUCAGAGAUAGAUAAAUACCUAAUCUAUACAGUGUUUUACAGUGUUUUCAACCA